UUUAACUUUGAUGAGGACCCAGCAGGAGGAUCCUCGCUUCAGUCAUACUCAGACGCGUUUGCUGGAGCUUUUAUUGUCCUCGGUGGGCUUUAGAAUAUAGAUUUAAUUGGUGUUUUCAGUAAUAUUUGUUAUUUUCAACCAUCAUAUUCGGAUUCUUUCUCUGGGGGUUUACUUUAUUAUGUAGCGUAGGAUUCUGGAACAUCCUGCAGAUUUCUUCUCCAAAGUUCAUCGUUGUGUUUCUGACAUGCUCACCAGUGGACCUGUGGCUGUGCUCUUCUUACUAUUCUUCACAGCUGGAGCAGCGACCGCCGACAGCUACGAUGACUUAGAAGAAGAAAAUACUCCUGAACUGGAUUACAAAAACCCAAACUGGUGUCGUUCUCCGAGUCUGACCAACGGUGAGGUGACCUGUCAAUCCCCUCGAGGUCGGGCCUACAGGGGAACAUUGGGCACCCGCUGUCAGAUGACCUGCGAUCGAGGCUACCGGCUGCUGGGAAGAAAGUCCAUUCAGUGUCUCUCCAAUCGUCGCUGGUCUGGGACCGCUUACUGCCGCAAGGUCCGUUGCCAUGUGCUGCCCCUCAUUCCGCAUGGCAGAUACACCUGCACACAAGGCUUUGUGGUGGACUCCAGGUGUGACUUCACCUGCAUCCCUGGCUAUCGUAUUGAGGGGGAACACUCACGCACCUGCCAGCCCAGAGGGUUAUGGAGCGGAGUACAGCCAGAGUGUUCAGAUACCGAUCCUCCAAAGAUAAAAUGUCCACCAUCCAGACUCAGGUUUGCAGAGCCUGGAAAGCUCACAGCCACCGUGAUCUGGGACCACCCAAAAGCCACAGAUACUGCUGAUAAACACCUUAAUGUGAUUUUAGAGGGGCAGGAGCCCGGCACCGAGUUCAAAGAGGGAGUAAACAUAAUCCGCUACAAGGUGUACGAUCAAGCUAGGAACCGCGCUUCCUGCAAGUUUAUUGUACGUGUUGAGGUGAGAAGAUGUACUGAAAUACCUCCACCUCUGCAUGGUUACCUCAGCUGCUCUUCUGACGGGAACAACUACGGUGCGACAUGCGAGUACCACUGUGAUGGAGGAUAUGAGCGCAGAGGGACGUCCAGUCGAGUCUGCCAGUCCAACCUCAGUUGGAGUGAGGGAGCUGCAGAGUGUGUCCCAAUGGAAGUUAAAUUUGAUGUAAAGACUACUUCUGCUUUCCUGGACCAGUUCUAUGAAAAGAGGAGGCUGCUGAUCCUUUCUGCUCCCAAUGUUUCUGACUCAGACUACCAGCUGCAAAAUGUCAUGAUACAAAAAUCUGACUGUGGAAUAGACUUACGUCAUGUAACAGUUAUCGAACUUCUGGGCUCCCCGCCUUGUGAGACGGGCCGUAUUAAAGAAAAUCUGCUUCAGUCUGAAGUCAUCGAGGGUUUGAGGCAAAUAUUCAGAAUCUCCAGAUCUUAUUUCAGCAUGUUGCUGCUGGAUGAGCGUGGAAUGGACAGAGAGCGCUUCAUUGUCCCUGUGUCCACCGAAGAGCUCUUCUCCUACAUAGACAGCUUCCUGCUGGAUGAGGAUGAACGGGAGAGGCUUGAGCUCAACAGAGACUUCUGUGACUAAAAUAAAAUGGUUGUCGUAGCAAUAAACUCACUAUAACCAAAACGAGAUGUAGAUUGACAAGAGGGAAGAAAACUGCAGUUCCUCCUGUUUCAGAUCACAACACUGAAGUGCUGGCAUUGUUUACUCAACUGAGAAGCAUGGAAGCAGAAGUUGUUUUAAACUAAACAAAUUCCUGGUCACAAUACAGCAGCGGGUUUUAUUAGAACAAAGAAUGAGAUUGUAAUAAAUGCUCAUUAACAGUUCAGUUAUCUUUUCAGUCUUAAUGUUAAAUCCCACGGAGCUGAGGAUAUCAUAAUUACCUGGAACACGAAGGAAAUUGGAGACAAGCAUUUACUGAGUUAACUUUUAUUAAGUGAACAGGAUAUUCAAGGCAACCUUAAGAUAAAUGUGACUGACCUCACUAUGGAAUGAGUUUAACAUUAAAACAUAAAAACAA